UUUUGGCUGUUUUAGGGGGUGAAGGAGCGAACCAUUAGCGGGGUUUAUGUUUGUGCUAUAAAGCUAAAAGGAGAGGGAAAAGCAGGUCUUCAUAAUGGUUUAUUCUCGUUGCAGUGGGUGGAGCUUUCUGUAGCUGCUUCAAGAUAGGAACGAAACGCCGUAUCAGGAAGUUCAAACUUUUUUUGCGGAGUUGCUGUGCCCGGACGCCGAGCAGUGUCUGGAGAGCAGCACUUGGGAGAAGCCUGAUUCUUUUCUGCUUCUUGCCUUUGGUCUCUGCUGGCUCCCGCAGCAAUCGAAUCACUGCUUUCUUUGAGGAUUUUGGGUUAUGUCGGAUGGAUUCGGAGGGAAAGCCUUGAAGUCGGGAAGGUAGCACAGGUAUUGAAUUUGCAGAAUCCUGCACCUGUGCCCAGGAGCUUUGGAUUUCCUUAAACACCUGGAUAAUUUCAGAAACGUAGCUCCUAACAAAAGCAGCCAUCAUGGAGGACACUGACAGCAUGACGUUUCGCCAGCAGCUUCUGACCAUUGAUGGGGACUUAGGAAAGGACGAAAUAGAGGCCCUCAAAUUUCUCUGCAGUGACUUAAUCGCCUUAAAGAAGCUUGAAACUGUGAAAUCAGCAUAUGAUGUCUUCCAGCUCCUCAUAAAUAAGGACUACAUAAAUAAAGAGGACCCUUUUCUCAUUGCUGAGCUUCUCUACAGAAUUAAGCAUAAUUCCAGUCUCUUGAAACUUGGCUAUAAAAAAGAUGAUGUUCAAAUGAAACUUCAAGAAAAUCAAGGGAAGGUGUCUGAAUACAGACAGAUGCUGUAUGAAAUAUCGGAACAACUCGCUGAGGAAGAUGUGAGGGCUGCUAUAUUCCUUCUGAGGGAGCAUCUUCCAAAAAAACAAUCUUCUAUGUCUGCUCUAUCACUCCUGACUUCCCUGGAGAAGCAAGACCUUUUAGCUGAGACUAACCUAUAUAUACUGGAAGAAACCCUUCGUAAAAUAUCACCUGACCUCCUGAACAGAGUGAUUGGAUACAAACAAAAAAAAGCAUUUGAGCAAGAAAGGAAAGAAUCUCUACCCUCUUCAGUUCGUAUCUUCUCAAAGCAAUCUUUUGGAAAGAACAGUCGAACUGUUUCACUCCAGGAACCAUCCAUUAAAUACCCUCCAAAAAACGAUGAAUCUGAGAGCCUGAAGGAGUAUGUUGGAAUCAUACAGUCUUCAGCUGCAAAUCAAGAAGUCGAAGCAGGAAGUGUGGCUGAUCCCUCAGGAAUGAGCCUGCAACAGUCUAUGGGUGGUGAUGAAUCAAAAACUGCAGCAGAGAAACCCGCUCUCUAUAAAAUGGAUGGACCGCAUCGAGGACACUGCCUCAUUUUUAAUAAUGUCGAUUUUAAGCAGGUUCUUAGAACAAGAAUGGGAUCUCAGAAAGAUGCCAAGGAACUGGAACGUGUGUUCAAAUGGCUUGGGCUAGAUGUGAAAAAAUAUGAUGACCAGACGUCAGUACAAAUGAAAGAAAUCCUGCAGGAAUGGAAGUCUUCUGAAAAUUGGAAAGACAGCGAUUGUUUCAUUUGCUGUAUUCUGUCUCAUGGGAAAUCGGGAAACAUUUACGGAACGGAUUCUAUUCUAAUCCCGAUCCGUACCAUCACAUCCUACUUCACGGCCAAAGCGUGUCCUCUGCUGGCUGAAAAGCCCAAACUUUUUUUUAUCCAGGCAUGUCAAGGUGAAAAGACACAGCAGCCAGUCCAGCUGCAAGCAGACACAUCUGGCUGGCUUGGAGAUGAUGCACAAUCUUCAGGAUUUGCCACCUCCCAGCAGAUGGCCUCAAGUAUUCCAGAAGAAGCAGACUUCCUCCUUGGCAUGGCCACGGUGGAUGGUUAUCUCUCUUUUCGGCACACAGAGAAGGGCACGUGGUACAUUCAGGCUCUCUGUAAUAAGCUGCAGCAGUUGGUACCAAGAGGUGAAGAUAUCUUGUCCAUUCUUACAGAAGUCAAUGAAGAAGUGAGCAAACAGGUAGGUCCCCAAGGACUAGUGAAACAGAUGCCACAGCCAGCUUAUACCUUGAGGAAAAAGCUGAUAUUUCCUGCACCUAGCAUACCCUUUCCACAGAAGCCAUAGGAUUUUUUAAUCGCAGAAGCCAUAGGACUUUUUACAUUGUCUCCAGUGAUUCAGACUGAUCAGAAUCCAAACGGACAGCUGCCAAGUGUUAAAACGGGUAAAGAGAGCCAACUCUUCUUGGUGGUUUUUUUGUUGAUAUACUCUUUACCAUGACUUAAAGCAAUCUAUCAAGACCAUCUCCAGGUUUUCUUCAUCUCUCCAUAGUAUGUGUGUGUGUUUCAACUGUAUUUAUUCAUAUUCAUUGCUCAUGUCUGUAUAAAUGGUAUUUGAAAACAAGAAACCAGCUGCCACAUGGAGAACUACUUAAAUUCUGAAGAUUGCCAUUCCACAAUUUGUUUCAUGGGAAGAGACUUUUCUCUCUCUAUAUAUGCUGCUUAUGAGCUUCCAGAACUAUCAACCUACUUGCCGAUGGAAAUAGAAUGAUGGACUAAGUAGACUUAGCACUGAUCCUAGUAACUGUCAAUACAGAAAUACCUUAAACUAAGUGUCCUCAAGUUUGCCUUACCACGAUCGAGUUAGCUUUUCCUAAGAAAAAUGUAAUGGGGAAAUCUACUGUGUCAUAAUUGUAUAUUUUCUGCAAAACAGUCUACUGGAAUAGAGAGAUGUAUUUUUAUAGGUUCAACUCAGAUUGCUAAAUGGUGCUUUCUCCAUCACAGUACCUACAGGCCAGGAAAAGCUCUACCUGCUGCUUGCUUAAUAAUAAUGGGCCUUUCCAACCCGGAUGAAGAUAUAUGCUACUUUUGGAUUGGUCAAGAGGGUCCUGUUUAGCUCAUUAACAUGAACAUGUCCUGAGAAUGCAACGUGUUUUUCAAAUAUAUUUCAGCAUAAAUAAUGGAAAAGCCAA